AUGACUACUAAUUCUACAUCUCAAAAUAUUUCAUGUCUCGAAACACUUAUAUUAAAUGUUCUUAAAAAUUCAUCUUCAGAAAAAAUUGCAAAUGAUAUUAAUAUACCUGAAUUAGAUCCAUGUUUUUUAUAUAACCAAAAACUUUUUUUAUAUGAAAUAAAAAAGCCAAUUACUUUACUUAUCUGUGGCCAUCUAUAUCAUCAUAAUUGUAUCAAAAGUUCUAUAAAAAUUAAUUCAACAUAUCCAAGACCCAAUUAUAAUAAGGAGAUAGAAUUUAUGAAUGUCAACAUAUCUGAAAAUAAACUAUCUAACAAAAAAGCAAAGAAGUUGGUUAAAAAAGAAUCACAUAUAUUAAAAGAUCUUAUAAAUGAAUUAUUUACUAAACCCGAAACUUCACAAGUUUCUGUAACUAGAAAAGAAAAUGCU